UGGGGGGGGCGGGCCCCGGAAGGGUGAAACUUACUCAGUGGGUUUAAAGCCCCAGGGCAGAGGGAAAGGUGAUACUGGGGCCUGCCCUGGGCUGAGGGGCUUUCCCUUCCCCCUCCUGGGCGGCGACCUUUAACUCUAGAGCCCUAGAGCUGCCGGCAUGAUUUAGGGAAGUGAGAGUUUGUGAGGGAAAUCUCGGGGUCUGUGUCUUGUGCUCAGCCCCAGCUGACACACUGCGGAGCCUCUCAGGCCUGGCCCCUAGAUUCCCCACUCCACGGUUGGCGCUGUGAUCGGCCAGCGCUGUUCCAGGGAGGGGACCUCACCUCCAGCGCCCACUCUCCCGCCUGCUUCUUUCAGACCUCCUCCUCCUCGCCUCAUGACUGUCCUCCUGCUCCUGGCAGGACUCCUGCCGGCUGCCGCCGCCGCCGCCACCAUCUCCUGCUAUGGAGACGCUGGACAGCCGGUGGACUGGUUCGUGAUCUACAAACUACCUGCCCUGACCAAUUCCUUGAAAGGACUCACCUACAUGUAUCUAGAUGGGAACAGUGGGGGCUGGCAAAAGGGUGCCACAUCGAUCAAUAGCACCCAAGGGUCUAUGGGGCAGACCUUGAAUCAGCUCUACAAAGGAAACUUGAGUGAGUUGGCCUACGUAUUGUACAAUGACCAGCCACCCUCAGGUAAUGGCAGCCCUGACACCGACUACCGAGGACACACCAAGGGUGUGCUUCUUCUGAACAAAGAUGGCGGCAUCUGGUUGGUCCACAGUGUCCCUCGAUUCCCGCCACCUGCUAAAUCAUCCUACAGCUGGCCCCCUAAUGCCCAGACCUAUGGACAGACCCUAUUCUGUGUCACCUUCAGCUAUAGCCAGUUCCAAGAGAUUGGCAAACAGCUGACCUAUACUUACCCCAGGGUUUAUGACUACAGACUAGAAGGAAGCUUUGCCCAGGACCUGCCAGAGCUGAAAGAUGCUGCCCAAGGCCACCAUGUGUACCCAGGUCCCUGGAAUCGAAGUGUAACCCUCACCUCAAGAGCUGGGGCUGUCUUCCAAAGCUUCGCCAAGUUUGACUACUUCCAUGAUGACCUUUACUCAGGCUGGCUGUCCACAGCCCUGGACAGUGAUCUGUUUGUCCAGUUUUGGCCCAAAACACCUGCAGUAUUGCCUUCCAACUGUUCCGGCCCUUUCCAUGUGCUGAAUGUACUAGAGACAGCCUUUCCUGACUCAACUGUGCCUGCCUUCAGUGCCACCCAUGACCAUGCCAAGUGGUGUGUAGCACUCAACAGUAGCUGGACCUGCAUAGGGGACCUGAACCGCAACCAAGCAGAGGAGCAGCGUGGUGGAGGCACUCUCUGCUCCCAAAUGCCUGCUCUGUGGAAAGCCUUCCGGCCCCUAGUGAAGGAAUAUAGGCCUUGCCCAUCCACUGAGGCCUGAGAUCAAGGGUCACUGAGUGGAGAGAAAAUGCUGGCCCAACAUUCUCACAGAAAACUCACAGGGAAGAAUAAAGUCAUUGGGAAUCUA